CGCACACAAAAUAUAACCAGAAACAAAAGAGAGAAAGAAAAGAGACAGGGACAGUGCGUGGAGAGAAUCCGGAAAGAGAAACUCAACGUACAUAUACUUGGGAGUGAGUGAAUACAGAAAUUGGGUUUCCUUUUGUUUUUACACUUCAAGGGCUAAAGCGCCGGAAAAAUACUUUCUUUUUUACUCUGAAGAAACGAAAUACUUUUGCUGCUUGAAUUACAUAAUCCCUGCAACAUGUUCAAGAUCUCAGAGGAGUUGGCAAUGCAAGAGGGUGAGCGGAUCUCAAAGGAAUUGCCAAAGCCCGAUAGUGAGCAGAUGUAUAACAGCUUUGGAGUAAUUGACAACAAUAAGUGCCUGCUGGAAGGUGGAGAGGACCUAGCAACAGGUGAGCAAGUCUCAAAGGAGUUACUAAAGCAAGAGGUUGAAUGGAUGUAUAAUAGUAUUGGUGUAACUGACAACAAGCGCCCUCUGGAAGAUAGAGAGGACUCUGCAGCAAGAAAGACUGCAAAACCAUUAGAAAUCAAUGGGAAAGAAGAAACAGUGAAAGGUCUGCAUGAUCUUUCUCUGGUCCAAACUGAGCAACCGGUUGACCAGAAUCAUGGAGAUCAUCAUUCAGAGUCAAAUCUACUCAUCUACCAACUUGGUCGAGACAUGUCUAUUAACUGUCUUGCUCACUGCUCAAGGUCUGACUAUGGUGCGAUAGCAGCAUUGAAUAAAGCAUUCCGAUCUGUUGUUCGGAGUGGAGAACUUUAUAGGCUGAGGCGGCUUAUGGGUAUCGCUGAACAUUGGGUUUACUUCUCAUGCAACCUGUUGGAAUGGGAGGCAUUUGAUCCAAUUCGCCACAAAUGGAUGCAUUUGCCGCGAAUGACUUCAAAUGAAUGCUUCAUGUGUUCAGACAAGGAGUCAUUAGCCGUUGGUACAGAAUUGCUUGUUUUCGGAAAGGAAAUAAUUUCCCAUGUUAUUUAUAGGUAUAGUAUCUUGACCAACACGUGGUCAUCUGGCAUGAGUAUGAAUCAGGGAAGAUGCUUGUUUGGAUCAGCCAGCCUGGGAGAAAUUGCUAUCUUGGCUGGCGGCUGUGAUUCAUGUGGAAAUAUUUUGAGUUCAGCUGAGCUCUACGAUUCACUAACAGGCACUUGGGUGACCAUUCCGAGUAUGCGUAAAGCAAGAAAAAUGUGCUCUGCGGUCUUCAUGGAUGGGAAGUUUUAUGUUGUUGGGGGGAUUGGGACUGAGACCCCAAAUAUGCUUACAUGUGGGGAGUUCUAUGAUCUAAAAACUAGAUCAUGGACUGUGAUACCCAACAUGUGUCCACCACGAAAUAGACAAGCUGCCAUAACGACAUCUGCUGGGUCUGGAGCACCACCUUUGAUAGCCGUUGUGAAGAAUGAGUUGUAUGCAGCUGAUUAUGCACAACAAGAGCUGAAGAAAUAUGACAAAAGGACGAAUGUGUGGACCACAAUUGGGAGAUUGCCUGAGCGGGCAGACUCAAUGAAUGGAUGGGGACUAGCUUUCAAGGCAUGUGGAGACAUGCUCAUUGUCAUUGGUGGUCCAAGGAAUUUUGGUGGAGGAAUGAUUGAGCUCAAUGUUUGGGUUCCAGGAGAAGGCCCUCCGGUGUGGAACUUGCUUGCAGCGAAGCCCUCUGCAAGUUUUGUGUACAACUGUGCAGUGAUGGGAUGUUGAGGUGCUACUUUUGGUUAUACAACUCAUUAGAAUUGGAGGAGUGACACUUCAAGUAGAUAGGGUUCUGGACAGUGGGUAAUUUCUGUUUCCUUUGCGGGAAAUUUUAGCUUUAUUAUUGAAUCAUAGUCACAGCUUUAGAAGUGAGUCUGGAGCUUUUUUGCCUUUUAAUUUUCUUUUGUUUUAUGUUGUAUAGAUUUUUUUUACCUUGGGGAAGGGGGGAAGUUAUAAGAGCUUUCAAAGUUUAGAAAUAUGUUGAACAGGCACAGGUUCAGAUGAAAGAUUGUGUCCCACUUUAGUCUGUGACCAGAAACUCUUUGUCAGCUUGUAGAUUGCUUGCAAAUGCUAUAAAACUAAAGCAAUUGGCAAAUGAUUUUAUAAUGAGAAAAACAAAAAUUGAAAUUGGAGACUAACUGCAAAUAGACAUGGGAUUGUUGUACAUAUUUUCCUGCAGAUUUGGGCAUGUAACAAUGGUUGUUUUUGGUGGCAAAAAAUUCGAAGUGUAAGAGGUCAAAAACAGAUCUCCUUUGAAGCAGAGUAGUGAAAAUUUUGCAGAGGCGAUUUUGAGUUAUGUUGAGUUUAUAUACAACAUCAGCUGCAGUGGCGCAUGUACGUUUCUUUUGAUUUAUGUAUUCAAGUUGUGUGGCAUAAGGAAUACUGCCCAGAAGAACAAGAAACACAGUAGAAAAAGCUUGGCAUAUCUGAGUGUGGCGAUGGGGAUGGAAUUUUUUGCACAUGUGCAGAGAAAAUGCCAAAGAGAAAGUUGCCUUGUUUUCUCUUAGAUAAUUACUAUUCCAAUGUAAAAAUUUAACCCCAUUUCCCAUUGAUCACAAUGUAUCUAACAAUAAAUAAAUAUUUGUAUAAUCAGUAUCAUUUUGAUAGUUGAACAAAAAUGGAUGAGAUAGGUUUUUAUACAGAA